UGUUUUUCUCAAAGCAUACAAACAUAAUUAAAUCAUUUGUGUUUUUUCUUUAUAUCAACUCCAAAUCUUCAAGAAUUGUAAGGAAUCUUUUGCUGUGUCAUACAAUGGAAAAUGAUCUAAUGCUCAAGUAAUCUACCAGAGGACUUUUGGAUAUAAAAAUGUUUUAAUGUGUUUUCCAGAUGUCUGUGACCUUUUGAAAUUGUACCCACUCCACUUGAUGUUUUAGGCUUCCUAGAUUGGUUGAGUUGAGCGAUAGAAACUAGUGAGCUAUAGUGAGUAUAGUAUAACUGGAGGAGCUUUCUCUUGCAGUAAAUCAUUAUUGCUGUAAUAAAAACUACGUCCAGAAAUCCAGUUCCCACACAUUACAUGCUCUAGUUGGAAAGUGGUGUGUUAAUAAAGAGUUAUAAGGAACAUGAUUUUAAAAUGAUCUCAUUAGAAUCUGUGUAAAAAAGCUGAACAUAAUUUUGAUGUUUCUUUGAUCCAGGAAGUAAUGAGAGUAUAAACAAAUGGUUUUAAAGUUUUAUACACAGUAUUUUAGUAUCUUUUAUGGUAUUUUUCUAUUUUCUCCCAGUGCUUACCAAUUUACUCUAAACUGUAUUAGCACCUUCCUGGACCUCUACAUAUGGUAGUAACAUAGCUGCCAGCAAUUUGAUAUACUUAAAGAAACAAAAUUCUGAUUGACUCUGAUCUGUUUCUUUCAGAAAAGUCACCACCCAUUUAAUGGACUUUAUAGAUCAGAUUGCUUAGUGUGGAUGUCAUGGUAACAAUACAGGAAAUAUACUUAAUUUCUCACUUCUGCAAGUAGUCAUGACUACUGAAGAAAGAAUCUUUUUAAACUACAGCAGAGUUCAUUUGGGUACCUUUUAUGGAAAUCCUAAUCUUGUUUUUAAUUUUUGAUAAUUUUUUGCUAAAGUUAUGAACAAGCCAAGAGCUUGUCUUGUUGGGCAAACACACAGUAUUAAGAAUGUCUAGAAGAGGACCGAUUCUUCACAGCCGGACCCAGUGGCUGCUGUUGGGCCUUGCUUUGCUCUUCAGUUUAGUAUUAUUUAUGUACCUCCUGGAAUGUGCCCCUCAGACUGAUGGAAAUGCAUCUCUUCCUGGUGUUGUUAGAGAAAAUUAUGGUAAAGAAUAUUACCAGGCCCUCCUGCAGGAGCAAGAAGAACAUUACCAAACCAGGGCAACCAGUCUGAAACGCCAAAUUGCCCAGCUAAAGCAAGAAUUACAAGAAAUGAGUGAGAAGAUGAGAUCAUUGCAAGAGAAAAAGAAUAUAGGGGCUAACAGCAUAGGCUAUCAAGGCAACAGAGAGCAGACACCUAGUGAUCUCUUAGAGUUUCUUCAUUCUCAGAUCGACAGAGCUGAAGUUAGCGUAGGAGCCAAACUACCCAGUGAGUAUGGAGUCGUUCCCUUUGAAAGCUUUACUUUAAUGAAAGUAUUUCAGUUGGAAAUGGGUCUCACUCGCCAUCCUGAAGAAAAGCCAGUUAGGAAAGACAAACGAGAUGAAUUGGUAGAAGUUAUUGAAGCUGGCUUGGAGGUCAUUAAUAAUCCUGAUGAAGAUGAUGAGCAGGAAGAUGAGGAGGGUCCUCUUGGAGAGAAACUGAUAUUUAAUGAAAAUGACUUCAUAGAAGGCUAUUAUCGCACUGAGAGAGAUAAAGGCACACAGUAUGAGCUCUUUUUUAAGAAAGCAGACCUUAUGGAGUACAGACAUGUGACCCUCUUCCGCCCUUUUGGACCGCUCAUGAAAGUGAAGAAUGAGAUGAUUGACAUUGCGAGAUCAGUUAUUAAUAUCAUUGUGCCGCUGGCUGAAAGGACUGAAGCGUUCUCACAGUUCAUGCAGAACUUCAGAGAUGUUUGCAUUCAUCAAGACAAGAGGAUUCAUCUCACAGUUGUAUAUUUUGGGAAAGAAGGACUAUCUAAAGUCAAGUCUAUCCUAGAAUCUAUCACAAGUGAGUCUAAUUUUCACAAUUACACCUUGAUCUCACUGAAUGAAGAAUUUAAUCGUGGACGAGGACUAAAUGUGGGUGCCCAAGCUUGGGACAAGGGAGAGGUCUUGAUGUUUUUCUGCGAUGUUGAUAUAUAUUUCUCAGCCGAGUUCCUUAACAGCUGCCGGUUAAAUGCUGAGCCAGGUAAAAAGGUGUUUUAUCCUGUCGUGUUCAGUCUUUACAAUCCUGCCAUCGUUUAUGCCAACCAGGAUGUGCCACCCCCAGUGGAGCAGCAGCUGGUUCAUAAAAAGGAUUCUGGUUUUUGGAGAGAUUUUGGCUUUGGGAUGACUUGUCAAUAUCAAUCAGAUUUCCUGAACGUUGGUGGAUUCGACUUGGAAGUAAAAGGCUGGGGUGGAGAAGAUGUUCAUCUCUACCGGAAAUACUUACAUGGUGAUCUCAUUGUGAUUCGGACUCCAGUUCCUGGUCUUUUCCACCUCUGGCAUGAGAAACACUGUGCAGAUGAGCUGACACCCGAGCAGUACCGGAUGUGCAUCCAGUCCAAAGCCAUGAACGAGGCUUCUCACUCCCACCUGGGAAUGAUGGUCUUUAGGGAGGAAAUAGAGAUGCAUCUUCGCAAACAGGCGUACAGAACAAACAGUGACGCUGCUGGGUGACAGCCAUCAACACACUGAAGUCAGAACCACAAGCCAGUACUGUUAUUCAGCCUUAAUCCAAAUCGAGAUUCUGUGCCUCAUCCAGAGAAAAACUGUUUAUUUUUCAUGUUCUUACUGAAUUUUAUUUGUAGUUCAGCUUGAUGUGAGAAAAAAAACACAGGUGUUUUGAUGCAAAGCCAGUUUUGUGAGAGUACUGUAGCAGAAACAGUUGACAAAAUGAAAUUUGGUAUUUGUUCCCAAAAUAGUUUGAAAUAGAGUCUGCCUGGUACCUGUGUUCUGAUUGGCCCAGGGGUGCUAGGCUGACAUUGUGUUAGUCGGCACAUCUACAGGGAUGCUCUGCAGGCAGUAUCACCUGCUAACCACUAAGUCGAUCAUUCAACUCCAGUUUUUAAUGGGAGCUUCUGUUGAUGACAUGUAGAACGCUUUUUACAGGGAAUAAUUAAAUGACACAGCUGAAAUCUCCAGCCCAUCAGGAAGGCAGAAAUCAGGGCCUCCUAACUUCCUGUUGCUUUACCUUUAAAUCUCUGCCUUUAAGCCAAUGGAUACAGUAUAUAUAGUUUAGAAUCUACGGUUUGAUUAUAAAUAAGAUAUAUCAUUAUAUUAUCAUCAUCUUCAAAAUGCAUAAUCAAAACUGCUAGAUUGUUUUGAACAAACAAGUAAAUGAAGAAGCAUUUAAACAAAUCAUUUUGUUACAUUGGAAUGCAGGAAAAUAGCUAGGUUUGGGAGCAUCAUCUUAAUAUAAGCCAGAGGCAUCACAGCCUUCCUGAAGAGGCGUAGAAGUUACGAAUAUUAUAGUAUGGUUUUGUAUGGCUUUUGUUUUGCACUGUCUUAUUUAGCAUAGGUACAGAUAUAUUUAUUUUCUAAUAUGUUAAUAUUUGCCACAGCUGUGUUUGCAUUUGUAUUAUACUUCCAGUUGAAGGCAUUUCAUAGGAAAAAAAGCAAUUUAAUGGAUUGUAUAAUAAGAUCACUCUGAUUUGAAAAAAGGGAAGUAAAUAAUCUGAUAGAAAUAUGAAUUAUGGAGUACUUUAAAAAAUUAUGUACAGAUUGACUGUUAUUUUAAUUGAAGUGUAAAUUAUAUUAAUGAGACCAGAGGAAUAAGAAAUUAUAUUCUGAUAGGACUGUACUAUAAUAUUUAUCAUAUGGAUAUUUUAUCAUUGAGCCAUUUACUAGACGAAGUAAAAGGCAUACAUAAUUUUUUCAGCCCUUGACUUUUAAAGGGCACCUACUAUUCGUAUAUAACCCAUGAAAACUCAGAAAAAGUCAUUUUUUUCAGUAAGUCAUACACUUUCAGAUGUUACAGAUGCCAAAUUUCUAGGUGCUAAAGUGAAUCAAUUUCAUAAUAACUGAUGUUGAGGGUUCUAGCUGGGUAGUGUGUAGGUGGGUUAAAAUGUACAAAGUGCUUUCUGCAGAGUAGGAAAAGCCAGCGUCUCCUUUGUGCACUUGCAUUGUAAAGACCCUGGUAUGGUGUUUAAAAUUAGGAAACUUAAUUAAUUUGCAGAGGUAAAUUUUGGCUUGGUUUUGAGAUAAAUGAUUUUUAUUUAACUCCUAUUUUUUAAAGCUAGCUUUUAUUUGGAGAUGGAAGCUAGACAACGAAAGCAUCACUAUAUUUUUACAUUAAGUGGUACCAAUAAAGUAUUUUGUUACCAAAAUUAAAUGAAAAUGUGGUAAAUUAAUCUCGUCCUCAUUUAAAAUAUCUUAAGUUCAACAAAGUACACAGUAUGCAGUUGUGACAUUAAAGAAUAAUAAAGCAAACCCCAGUGCACAGUGCUGGCGGGCAAGCCCCAGUGACCUGCCUCUUCUGUGCCUCUCCCAGGACUGUGCACACCCUCACUCUGUGUCAUAGUCAGUCUGAUUUGGUCAUAAUUUGUCCACUGUUCUUUCAUAGUUCCCCAACUCUGUAUAUCUCUACUGUUUAAUUUUUGAAUUCAUGUUAUUAUUUCAUUGUAUGUUUUCUAACUUUUAUACGUUAUUGUGUUCUUAAAGUUCACCCAUGUUAAUAUCCAAAUACUCAUUUUUAUUAUUGAGUAGCAUUUCAUGAAUAUAUUAUGAUAUUAAUAUUAUUGAUAAUA